GCUGAUGAAAAACAUCACGUCACUGAGAGCCGAGGUCAUGGAAAAGAACAACCUCAUUGUGGAGUUUACAACCGUUGCCACGACCCAGGCCAAGCACCUCGCCGUCAUGAGCGCUUCUAGCCACGGAUUUCCUAACUCGGCCUGCCUCUCCCGCAGCCCCGCUACAGCAGCUCCAGGGACGGUCUCGGAUCUCACCGUUCCAUGGUUCGGCUCCACAAUCACAGGUGUUCCGGAGCCCGAGGCUGCCUCAGCCCUGCCGGAGGACCCGUGGCUCCUCCUGGGAGCAAAGCCCAAGUCAACGACAGGAUCCACUCCCUCCCCUGCGCCUGCAAAGGUGCAGGUGUAUGCCGGUGGGGAAGUAGAAGCUCCGGUGAGCUCCACUCCAUGUCAGCCAGAGCUCUGGUCCGUUGCCUGCAGGGACAAACACCGUGCUAUGCCUUCUUCUCCUCCAUCAUCACCUCCAGCCAUCCCACUGUCCAACAGGUUCGAUGUCCUGAGCAAAAAGGAUUUUCCUCCUCUGGGCGAGCUUGCCCCUGAGCAGCAAGCAGUAAAGCCCUCCUCCGCCCGCUGCAAGCUACUGAAGGAGGCCGUCUUGCGGAGGAGCUCCGGAGGUUACAACAACUCUGAGGCAGCGGGACCCCCCGCUGCUGGUAAAGGGUGUUUUUUCGGAUCUACAGCCGACCGGUCCCACGCAGAAGCGUGUCUGCAAGGGUUCGGAGCCCUCUUUGAUUUCGGGCGUUUCACGGAGAUCUCCCUCACUUCAAGGCUGCCCUGGACUCGUUGGGCAGGAUAAGAGCAACGGAGGCUUAGCGCACUCUCCCCGUGUGGACAGACAACAACCGGCCCCAGCGGCGGGUCCACGGGUGAGUCCUCCGCCUCGCUCCUCUGGUGGUGUCUGUCCUGGGUCAUCUCAUGAGCCUGCUGCCUGUCCCUCGGUCCUCGUUGUGGGAUCAUCCAUGGUCCGCCACGUGCAGAUUAACAGCUGUUGGAGAAGUUGGAGACUUUGGGUGUGCGUCUCCCAGCCCUUAAGCCGAUUCUGGUAGCGUUCUGCAAGCCUGCCCCACCCUCCUGG